AUGAGGAGACGAGGAAACAAAUCUGCAAAGGUUCCCGGUGUCAAACUUCGACCAGCACAGCCCGGCGCGUCGAGUUCUCGAAUUUACGCGGAAAUCGACGAUGUCCGUGUGCAAGACAGCCAAGCGCAGUUCGAUGGCGAUGAUUCAAGAUACUAUGAUCCUACUCCUCGACCUUUUGCUGGCGUGGUAGUGUGUGCUACUGGAAUUACUGACAAGCCAGGAAUAUUCAAGCAAGCUAUCGAACUCGGGGCCACCGCUAUCAAUGACUUCACUACCUCUGUCACCCAUCUCAUCGCUAAUGAGCAUGGCAGCGCCAAAUACAAAUGCGCCUUAGAACACAAAAUACCCAUUCUCCAACCAUCAUGGAUCACAGAAAGCUAUGAUAUCUGGCUGCAUGGCGAUGAUGUAGAUUUCCGACAGAGCGUGAAACGACAUCGACUUCCUAUCUUCACCGGUGUGGUGUUAUGUGUCUCAGGUAUACCGGACGUCGUUCGCCGCACUGAAAUCAGCAAGCUUGUUAUGAGCCAAGGGGGGACUUAUGUGAAAGCACUUCAGAGACCUGUAGUAGUAACUCAUCUGCUCUGUUCCGGCGAUGAGGAAACGGAUAAAAUGUUCUAUGCUGAGAAAUUUAACAAACAAGGAGAAGCCGAUAUCAAGCUUGUGUGGGAAGAGUGGUUUUGGGAUUCGCUGGAGUUCGGAGGCCGAUUUGACGAAAACAUUUAUCAGGCCCGACGACCUAGACCAAAGCCAAGAAAGAGCAUUGAAGCCUCUGCUAUGCCAAGUUCAUCAUCUGAACAAGGGCAAGCGCCGGAUAAAGUAAAAGCUGAUGCGGCGCAGAAUACUGCUAACAAUAAUAAACCCUCAGCAGAUGAAGAGGAAACUGUUCAGGCUUCAGUACGGAAGCCUGUUGGAUUCCAAAGGGAACUAUGGCGCAGUGUAUUGGCACCGAGAGGAUAUACGUGGAACGAAGAGGAGACAAUGCUGAUAAAAAGCCCCACUAAACCUAGACAUCCCGUUCCAGUAGAGGAUCAGGAGGAGGACAGUCAUCCAGGAAGAAAUAACAGAAGUGUUCUGUCCAGCUCAAGUUUUCGGCGCGCCAACUCCUUCGCCCAGUUACCUCCCAAACAACCCCUGCGCCGGUUAUUAUCUACGCGAAUGGUGAAGGAUCUUUCUCCAGUUGGUGAAACAAAUGGCUUUGAAGCUGCGGAUAUGGAAAUAGAUACUCCCGGAGCUGGACCAUCAAUAACCAGGGACUCUGCUCCUCUCGAAGAUGUACUUCCGAGGACGCAUCUACCACCACCACCACAUACGCCCUCUAUUUUUUCAGGUCUCAGAGUUACUGCCCUAGGCGAGGGCAACUGUGAUAGCGUUCGUGGUGCGAUAAGAAAAGCCGGUGGCGCUUUUGUCGAAAACGUUGACCUAGAAGCCGAGGCGUACGAGGUGGAUAUUAUUAUUGUCCGUCUGUUUCCGCAUAGUGGGAGCAGUAUUUUCGCUUCUAUCCAGUCACCCUUCAACCGAGACAAGUUUCGGACGGAGUGUUGGCUGGAGAAAUGUUUGUACGAAGAGAAGCUCUGCUCUCUUGACGAUCAUGUCACCUUCACGCCAGUUGGUGUGCGGUGUCCUAUCCCCAGCUCAGAAAGUGUACGCAUAAGCUUCUCAGGCUUCGAUCAAGCAGAAAGAUUCUUCGUGACUAGGUUGAUAAAGGCAUUGGGUCUCACCCUGCUGUCGAACUUUUCGAAACGUGCGACCCAUCUCCUUUGCCCGUCAGCGGAAGGUCUUAAGUUCGAGAAAGCUCAAGAGUGGGGUGUUCCCGUCGUAAAUAUGACAUGGCUAGAAGAAAUGAAACGUAGUGGUGUAGUGCCAGAUGUCCACGAACAUUUAGUCCCAUCAAAACCACAACCAAUUGGCAAAUCAGAGGAGAUUAAUCCGAAAGGAAAGCAUAAAGACACAAAUAAUGAGAUGCCAAUUGCAGAUAUCACGAACCGUAUCGAUUCACAGUCACAGACUCAAGAUGAUUCACAACUUAUUGAACUACCUCCAUACCCUCGACCACCAGAACAAGAGCGGAACUCUCGACCGUCCAUUUUAGCGGUACCCUCUCUUUCGCAGCUCAACCUUGCUGAAAAUAGUACAUUCGGAAAGCCGACAAUGCUUCUACCAAUAUUACGGCCACCAGUUCACGACGACCUAGCAAAUUCAUCAAUAACUGACCCAGAAGAGAAGGAAAUCAGUGUUCCUACGUCACUCACAUCUGUCGAUGGUCCUCCGAGGGUGCAUGCCUCACAUUCCGAAUCUGACCUAAAUGCUUUGACGAGCGCGGAGCUGCACCCUGAUAUUAUCAUGGUCGUGAAUUCCAGCUCGGAAGAGCAGAUGAAUGUCCCUUCGUCCAAUACACCUUCGCCUAUCAAACCUGCAGCCAAACAGGUUGGGAAAGGGAAUGGACGUGCAUUUACUCGUACCAAGUCUAUUUCCAAAUCGCCAUCGAAGUAUUACCCGCCGGCACAGCCCAUUGAUGCUGAAGCGACGAAGGCUUUGCAUGAAAGCUUGACGAGUCUACUGGGAAAACGGAGGUCAGAGGAAAGCGUUGAUGGGAGUCGGGAUGGUGUCAGGAAACGAGGAGACAGAGCUGAUGGCAAGAGACCUAGGCCUAUGCGAACAAAGUCUACAACGUUCAGUGAUGUACAACAACAUUCUUCUGACAAUCCUUUUCAUGCAUUUAAAGGUGACGGUAAUGACGACAGCUUUGGAUUCGGCCAUCCCGAUACAAUCGUAUUGGACGUGGAUUCAUACCAAGAGCAGAGCAUGAGAGUCACGUAUGAAGAUCCAGAGCAGCGUGAUGAGAAGAGGAAGUUGAUGCGUUUAUUGGGAUCGGAGAGUAAAGAGGAAACCGGAAAAUCAGAAGUCAGAGCACGUACUAAGGGGAAGGAGAGCGCAUCUGCGGCUUUGAGCGGAGAAAGCUUGCGAAGGAGAUCAAGCAGGAAGAGCACUGGGACGCUUGGUUAG